AUGUCUUCUUAAAAUAAAAUAGUAACCUAAGAAAAUGAAGGGAUUAUUUGGAAUUAUAGUCUGAAUCCUCCAGAGUAAAUUAAAUGUAGAUUCCAAAUUAGUUGGAUUCAGGAUCAGAAAGUUUAAUACACUUUGAAUGGAUGUAUUUUGAGAAUGUAUCAAUCUGCUUAUUUUUUAAUUUUAGUGAUACAAUAUACAACAAAUUGAAGAAAGCCGAAGUUCUAACAAAUCUAGAAUAAAUAAAGCAUUUAAAAUGGAUUGGAUAAUAUGGGUAAAAUAACUUAAAGGUUGGUAAAUGGAUGGCUACUUGGAAAGGAGAAACUUUAAAGGGUGUUGGAGGAGAAUACUUGCAUGAUGAAAAAAAAUAAGGAGUAUGGAAAGAUUUAGUUUAGAAUUAUGAGACGUAAGUUUUAACUUCAUAAUUGUUUAGCAAUUCAUAAGCAUACAUAGUUGGGAGAUAUGAAAAUGACUUGAAAUUAGGAAGCUGGUAGUAUGUUUAUAAUGAUAAGGAGAUGUAUUUGAUAUUUUUAUUAAUUUGGUUAGUGGCGGUGGAAAAUAUAAUCAAUAAGGGGUAAAGGAUGGUUUAUGGUAAGAGUUAGGUGAUGGAUUUUGGGAUUAAAAUUAAGUCACUCAUAAUGGUGAAUAUCAAAUUGGAAAGAAGGUUGGUAGAUGGAACAUUAAGUAUGAACGAUAAAUUAUGUAAGAUUUUAAUUAAAACAAUUUCUUAGUGGUGGCGGAUCAUAUGAUUUAGAAAGCAACCAGAAGUGUAGAAAGUGGAUUGAGUUGAGCUAGAAUUUCAAUGAUGAUUCACAAGUCAUUUAUGAAGGGGAGUAUUAAAAAGGUAAAAAAAUUGGAUAAUGGGAUACUUUGUAUAAACCAGAAAAGGAUUAACCCUUUAAAUAGAUGUAAAAAUAAAAUUCAAAAUUAUAGUGGUGGUGGAGUAUAUUAUGGAGAUUUAAAGAUCGGGAAGUGGAUUGAAUUGAGUGAUAAGUUUGAGAAGUAUUCAUAAGUGACUAAUACAGGCUAGUACAAAAGCGAUAAAAAAGUUGGUAGAUGGGAUAUUUGGUUAACAGAAAAUGAUGCUCAAGCAAAUUAAUAAAUGUAUAUAUUACUCUGUAAUCAAAUUCAUUAGUGGAGGUGGAUUCUAUACUAAUGAAGGUGACGGUGUCAAGAUUGGAAAGUGGAUUGAGUUGAGUGAUGGAUUUUGGGACAGAUCAUAAAUUUUUUAUAAUGGACAAUACCAAAAUGGGAAAAAAGUUGGUAGAUGGGAUGUUUCAUAUCGAAAAGUGUAUGAAGAUAAUAAUCAAAAUGAGCAACUGUAAGUUGUGAUAAUAUUCUAAAUGUUUAGUGGUGGCGGAUCAUAUAGCAAAGAGGGUGAUGGCAUAAAGGUUGGUAAUUGGGUUGAGCCUAGCGAUGGAUUUUAUGAGAAUUCCUAAGUUACUUAUAGUGGUGAAUAUAAAGAUGGUAGAAAAAUUGGUAGAUGGGAAAUCUGGUACAGGAUUGAUAAGAAAUUUGAAAAGAUGUAAGCUAAAAUUUAAAUUAAAUUUUCAGUGCUGGAGGAUCAUACAGUGAAACAGGUGAUGGCAUAAAGAUCGGGAAGUGGGUUGAAUUGAGUGAUGGAUUUUAUGAUAAUUCUUAAAUUACCUAUAAUGGCGAAUAUAUAAAAGGAAAGAAACAUGGUCGAUGGGAUAUUAUGUGGAAGCUUUAUAAAAAUAGUAUAUAAAUGUAGAUAUUCUAAUGACAAUAUUUUUAGUGGUGGAGGAUCAUAUGAAGAAGGAAUUAAGAUAGGAAAUUGGAUUGAGUUGAGCGAUCAGUUUGAUAAUUGGAACUAAAUAAUUUAUAUUGGAGAAUAUGAAAACGAGAAAAAAGUUGGUGCCUGGGUGUAAAAGGAUAGAAAUAAGAAUGAGAAUUACAAAGAAAUGAAAUAUGAUAAUUGA